AUAGCUGCACUCACAUUCAGAAAUUCAUCACUCCUCAAAUUCUUCGCUGCUAAAGCGCUGGCCUCUCAGUAACACCAAAAUCUAUCUGUAUCCCCAACGCGGAUGAACUGAUGUUUGGCUUGACCAGGAGCCCAUCUUCAAACCGCUGACAGCGUCAGUCAUAUCGCGCACUGAUAACAGCAGACCUCACUUUUGCACCUUUGAACGCUUCUAAAAGAAUACCUUGCCCAUACUACUUCACGGUUUUGCUGACGGAGACAUAGCCAUGGUCUGUGUGCCGAUGUCGAAGGCAGCUGCCACGACAUCGAUCCUGACACCGUCAAUAACUUUGAAGGGUCACGGAGGAUGGAUUCGAUCUAUAUCCUACUGUCCAGAUGGCCAGCAAAUGAUCAGCGGAUCUGAUGAUAAGACCGUUCGGCAAUGGGAUAUGAAGGCGGGAAAAGAGAUUAAGGAAGCGCGGGGUGUUUGCGAGGGGAGGGUAUGGGCAGUGGCAAUAUCAAGAGAUGGUCGAUGGAUUGUCACUGGUGGUGGAGAUUGGAAUAGUGCCCAGCUGAAAGCCUGUGAGAUUGGGACUGGGAUUGUGAAGACAUUCGAAGGACACUCGGAGAGGAUCAACUGCAUUGAUAUCUCCAUGGACAACACGCUGCUUGCGAGUGGGUCAGAAGAUAAAACAACGCGGAUAUGGAAUUUGGAGACCGGUAAACUGGUAGCUGGUCCAUUCGAGAGCCUCAUUUGGGUGGGCGCAAUUCGAUUAUCAACAAACUCGAAAAAGCUCGCAGUGACGUCAAAUGUAGGGAGGUCUUUUGAGGUCUGGGAUAUCCAGUCGCAGAAACUGGAUGUCAGAGUAGGGGAAUAUGAGGUAGGAGGCACGUCUGCGCCAAUAUUCUGGACAAACAACAACGAAAACUUCAUGGCCGCACUCAACUUCACCACAGACGAUGAUGCUAGUGCAAUUUAUGAGUUCGAUGCGUCGACGCUGGAGACUGUCGGAGCUCCCUUUGAAGGGCAUACCAAGGACGUCACCGGCCUAGCACUUUCAUUUUAUCACGCUCUCCUCGUCAGCGCGUCCUUUGACAACACCAUCAAGCUCUGGGAUUAUGAGUCCCGCCAACUUCUCGCUUCCUUCAACGUUCAAAAUCCUCGGGCCCUUAUCCUCUCACCUGACUCACGUCAGCUAGCUUACACGACAAACACCAAAGAUGAUUACAAGAUCUGCAUCUGUAAUACUCCACCUGACGUCCUUGUUCAUACCAGUGUACGUAUUCAACCAUCUAUUGUUCGUGUGUUGACAUUCUCUUACAGACCAGUGCACACAAAAAGUCAGCCCGCAGUGUUUUACUAGAUUCUGACGCAACUUGUCGUCGUCCUGCUAGGUGCCGCAAACCACCAACAUCUGUAAUACCUAUGGCUCCAGGACCUCCGCCUCCAAUAGACUCGCAGCAACCCAUUUUUAUUCGCCUCAGAAAAUUUCUUCACUUCUCUCCUCGCACAACCACAGGACACCCUGGUGGGAACGGUCAAA